GUCAUAUUGAAGAUAUCAUCAAUUGGAAUAAUCAUUAAAGUCGCUGAUUGUAUUGACACCGAAGCUUAUAGGUGUAGAAGAGUUCAUACCAGGCUGAUCAAAACAGAAUGGUCAAGACCGAAUUUUAUGAAGAGACGAAGAUCGUAUGUUCGUUCUGUCUUGAUGGAUUUCGUUGAGUGUUGGCUAAUUAAUCUUUCAGAGCAAGAUACCCGAGAAGCACUUUUAUUUAAUUUCAAUA